AUGUAUCCCAUCCACGAGUGCCGCGUCCGCGUCGACGGCGGCGGCCGGCACACCCAAAUCGACUUUCUCGUCGCCUUCCAGGAGAGGCCCGACCUGCCCCCGAACGCAGCCAUAUCUCGUCUUGUGCCCCACGCAUCGGUCUGCGCCGAGAUCGUCGUCAUGCGCUCCGGCGCGCGUUACCUCGUUCUCGACAUGGGCGGGCAUGGGCCUUCCGAGGCGGCCAAACGAGCUGUUCGCAAGUUCAUCCUUCAAUAUGUCGCUCAUCAUGCACAAUAUCGCGGGAAACGAAGGGUCCCUCCGCUACCCACCGCCAUCGGCUUCGAUUGA